AGAGAACCUUCUCCUCCAUUUGUGUGGAUAACUUGAGAAACAUCGGAAUCAGUGCUCAUAUAGAUGCAGGAAAAACGACAUUAACAGAAAGGAUUCUCUACUACACAGGGAAAAUAAAAAGUAUACAUGAGGUGAGAGGAAGUGAUGGAGUAGGUGCAACAAUGGAUUCAAUGGAUCUAGAAAGAGAAAAAGGAAUAACCAUCCAAUCAGCAGCAACCAACUGUAACUGGGACUUUAACAAUAAAAAAUUUACCAUAAAUAUAAUUGAUACUCCUGGACAUGUGGACUUCACCAUCGAAGUGGAGAGAUCACUCCGAGUGUUAGAUGCAGCGGUUCUUGUCAUAUGUGGAGUAUCUGGAGUUCAAAGCCAAACCUUAACAGUAAAUAGACAAAUGAAUCGCUACUUCAUCCCUAGAUUAUUAUUUAUUAACAAGUUAGACAGAGACGGUGCAAAUGUGGAGAGGACACUCAGUACCAUCGAGAAGAAACUUAACUUAAAUACUCUCCUAUUGCAAAUGCCGAUAGGAAUUGAGCAGAAAUUUAAAGGAGUAUACGACCUUGUGUCGAGAAAGUGCUACUUAUUUAAGGGUCAAAAUGGGAUCAUAGUGGAGGAAGUAAACGAUACAGAAGUGACUGUACACGAUCCAUCCUUUUCAUACGAAAUGAUGGAAAUGCUUAGAACCCGUAUCUUAGAAAAGCUAGCUGAUGUAGAUGACGAAUUUGCUGACAUUUACCUUAACCAGGAAAUUAAUGACAUAAGGACCGAGGACGUGAUGGGAGCCAUACGUAGAUGUACCAUUAAGAAUGCCAUCGUGCCUAUCUGUCUGGGUAGCGCUAAGAAUAACGUGGGAGUUCAAAUUUUGCUCAAUUAUGUGUGUAGCUUUUUGCCUUCUCCUCGGGAGGUGGGGAGCUACGGCUACGUCUACGAGGGGGGCGCGCACGCAGGGAGCGAAGCCAAUGCGGGAAGCGAAGCCAAUGCGGGAAGCGAAGCCAAUGCGGGAAAGGAAGCCAACACCGCCAAUACCGCCAACACCGCCAAUACCGCCAACACCGCCAACACCGCCAAUGCCGCCUCCGCGCAGGGCAAAAGCCGAAGGCGUGUCGAGCUGCAGUGCGACAGCGCGCUGCCCAUGGUGGGCUUCCUGUUCAAAAUACAGGAAGACGCGAUGCAUGGCCAAAUGAGUUACUUCCGUAUCUACCAAGGGAAAAUCAAAAAAAAGGACAACAUAACGAAUAUGCUAACAAGCAAGAGAGAGGUGAUCAAAAAAAUAUUAAAAAUGCACUCGAACAUGGCCCAAGAAGUAAACGAAGCGCAUGCAGGGGACAUCGUUGCAAUUAAUGGAAUCAGUGGGUCCACAGGGACGACAUACACGAAUGGAGUCUCCUCGAAUCUACACCUCCUAAAUAUACAUGUGCCCAAACCAGUCAUAUCUGUAGCUGUGGAGAUCGAGAAGAAGGGAGAUAUGACCAAGCUGACCAAGGCAUUAAACAAGUUCGUCAAGGAAGACCCAACAUUUCACGUUAAGACUGAUGAACAAACGAAGGAGAUUAUAUUCGAAGGAAUCGGGGAAUUACAACUAGAAAUAUACAAAGAGAGACUAAAAAGGGAAUACGGCAUAGGGGUCCAACUGAAGAAUCCAAAAAUAAAUUUCAAAGAAACUAUUACGAAGCCAUAUGAAUGCACGUAUACAUAUAAAAAACAAAAGGGAGGUGCAGGACUAUAUGCACAUGUUCAUGCGAUUUUCGAAACUGUGUCCGAUGAUUACAAUGAGACAAGUUACUGCACAUUCGUUAAUGAAGUGGUAGGAAAUGAUCUCCCAAAAAAUUUCAUUUUAUCAAUAGAGAAAGCCUUUAAAGAACAAGUCGAAAAAGGUUACCUGAACAGUUCAGAAAUUAUUAACAUGAAAAUGAGAUUAAUUGGAGGGAAAAUUCACGAAGUGGAUAGUAACGACUUGGCAUUUAAAAGAGCCACCAUUCAUCUUAUAAAAGAAAAUUAUCAGAAUUUUCUUCCUGUGCUUUUGGAACCCAUUAUGCUGGUUGAAAUAAUUUCACACUAUGAGCAUCAGAGCAACAUCCUCACCAGUAUCACCAAGCGGAAGGGACUAGUAACCAACAUCGUUAACCAUAUGAACGCUGUUCAUAUUUACGCCGACAUUCCCUUAAAGCACAUGUUCAAUUAUAUUAACGAGAUUCGUUCCAUUACACAGGGCCAGGGUACCUACACUAUGGAGUUCGCUCGGUACGAGCAGGUACCCAAGAGCGACUUGGACGAGAUCCUGCGCCGGGAAGGCAGCGCUAGUAAGCGGUGCGAAUAG